AUGGCGACAAUAACCUCCACGACCACGCUUCAAGACAGCGACCUCACCCUCGAAGUAUUUGACAUACCUAGCAGUCGAGUUGUCCACGGGAAAGCCUUUCCUCUUGGGCUUCACCCUAAAGAUGGAGCAGUUCCUGGAGAUAUCAACUCCGCCGUUCGCUAUCUCGAGAACAUUGCAAAGACUGGAGCGUUUCGGUCUCUCCUAUCGCAGCAUGGUGCUAUCCUCUUCCGCGGCCUCCCCAUCAAGAACGCUCAAGACUUCUCCAAAUUCGUCACCGCAUUUCAGCUCCCACAACCACAUCGCGAGGUUGGGCUGGCUGGAAAGAGAACGACUGUGACAACAAAUAUCAAGACCGCGAACGAGGAACCUCCGGAUGUGAAGUUUUAUUACCAUUCCGAGUACGGUCGAAGCGCGUACUUUCCGGGAGUUCUCUUCUUCUUUUCUGAGAUUGUUCCGGAGCAAGGGGGCCAAACUCCGCUACUUUCAUCUCUCGAGCUCUACGAUAGACUAGCGGCAGAUCUUCCAGAGUUCUUGAAAGACUUGAGCGAGAAAGGUGGGAACGACUCCUACGGAUUCGAGAUCAAAGAUGGAGACUCGCUCGAAGUUCAACGCGAGAAGGUCGAGACUGUGCUCCGCGAUACGCUGCAAGCAAAAGCCGAAUGGCAGCCAAAUGGAUCGCUCCAUGUUUUACAGCAUCUCCCUGCCAUCCGUCGCAUUGGUUCUACCGGAAAGCCAACAUUCUUCAACGGAUUCGCUGGCGUGUAUGGACGAGGAAGAGACAACAACGCCCUUGAACCUCCAUAUCGCGGAAUUGAUGAGAAGUAUCAUCUACCUACAACGUAUGGGGAUGGUACCGCUAUCCCGGUCGAAUAUCAGGAGCGAUUACUCGAGAUUUCGGACGAGAUUGGCUUCUUGACUCCGUGGCAGCCGGGCGACGUUGCGCUGAUUGAUAACUAUACAGUCCAGCAUGCUCGAACCCCUUGGAAAGGAGAUCGUUCGCUGCUUGUUAGCUUAUGGGAUGGCCAUGAGAAAUUCGUUCCGUUGUAG